CAAUAUAUUUAGUCUCUCUAAACUCCAAACGGCCUCUUCUACUUCUUAACGGAAAUUACACCGCUUCUCUAGUAGUAUUUUCUUCUUCUGUUAUCUUUAGAGUAAAUUGUCAUCUAGUUUCUAAUUAAAGCUUUUCAUUUUUUGAUCUCCUUUAGCUAGGUCAAAAUUUACUAGUUUCAUGCACAGUACACAUACACCUUUUAUUAAAGCUUGUUAUAUAUCGUUUUUCUAGUGCUGUAUUUGGGAGAGGUAUUGAUAUUAAGAGAAGAAAAGCAGUUGAUUAUCAAGCUAAGGGUUGGGUUUCUAAACAGUACUAUAUUGGUUUAGAGACAUUUUGCUUUUUAGAAGAAGGUCCAAGAUCGAUCAUGUGUAGCAGAGGGCACUGGAGGCCUCAUGAAGAUGAGAAACUCAGAGAGUUAGUUGCUAAAUAUGGACCUCAUAAUUGGAACGCUAUUGCUGAACACUUGCAAGGCAGAUCAGGGAAGAGCUGUAGGUUGAGAUGGUACAAUCAAUUGGAUCCAAGAAUUAACAGAAGUCCUUUCACAGAAGAGGAAGAAGAACGACUUCUUGCCUCUCACAGAAUUCAUGGAAAUCGAUGGGCUAUGAUAGCAAGGCUAUUUCCAGGUCGUACUGAUAAUGCUGUGAAAAAUCACUGGCACGUUAUUAUGUCCAGAAGAUGCAGAGAAAGAUCUAAGAUUUAUUCCAAUAGAGCUGCCCAAAAAUCAACAAUCCAAUUAGUUCAAGAUAUUUCGCCGAAUAUUCGUCAGGAUGAAUAUAAUAUCCAAGAUAUCAGAAAAAGAGAUUCCAACAAUUUUAUUGAUCAUCAGCAAUUAUUAGAAAGAUAUAAUUGUUACCCUUUCACUCAUGGGAAUUCCUUUUAUCCAAAAGAGCUUCAUUUCAACCACCUUCCUCGGCAUUUCAAGAUGGAUCAAGACAAGAAUCAAGAAGUGGAAUGCUAUGAUUUUUUACGAGUGAAUAAUACAGGCUCAAACAAAAGUGAAGUGAUAGAUCAUAUUGCAAGAAGGGGUAAUGAUGAAGAAGUGGAACAAGAAAAUAGCAGCAAUAUUUCCUCACAAACCAAGGCUCCAGCGCGAUUUAUAGAUUUCCUGUCAGUUGGAGACUCAACGUAAUUUAUUCACUGAUCUUCUUAUAUAUGAGCAAAAACUUCACUGAAAAAUUUAGUGAGGAAGAUAUCUAUAUGCUGCAGAACUUAGGACCUGAUCUGACUGGACUCUUGUAAAAUUAUGAGCAUUUUGCAUGCAUAAAGUCUAUGGCAUGGAUAUUAUUAAUAUGUAUCUCUUAUAAUUAUGAGUCGACUUUGGAAAAAUAAGAUUUGGGGAGAGUUAAAAACUCUAACUGCAGCUAAUUAUUCUAGACC